AAAUAAUCAGACGUCAUUCGACCAAUCGCCUCUCUACAGGGGCUUUCCAUCAUGGCGUCUAUGCAGAGAAGAUUACAGAAGGAAUUGUUGGCACUGCAAAGUGAUCCACCACCUGGAAUGACACUGAAUGAGAGAAGUGUACAGAACACAAUCACAGAGUGGCUCAUAGAUAUGGAGGGUGCACCAGGCACUCUUUACGAGGGAGAGAAAUUUCAGCUCCUUUUUAAAUUCAGUGGUCGAUAUCCUUUUGAUUCCCCUCAGGUAAUGUUCACUGGAGAGAAUAUACCUAUUCAUCCACACGUGUAUAGCAAUGGUCAUAUCUGUUUAUCUAUAUUAACCGAGGACUGGUCACCAGCUCUGUCUGUGCAGUCUGUUUGUUUAAGCAUUAUUAGCAUGCUGUCAAGCUGCAAAGAAAAGCGACGUCCUCCAGAUAACUCAUUUUAUGUAAAGACGUGUAAUAAGAAUCCAAAGAAAACAAAGUGGUGGUAUCAUGACGAUACAUGCUAGUAUCUAAGCGCACCAUUUGGAAAUAGACUUUCAGUUUAUUAUAUUGAGUCUUUGAAUUAAGACUGAACCAGCAGACCCUGGCAAUUUGUGUAUGGAUCGGGCACACACUUCUGCUGACUGUGAAAGUGCAUAGAAACUGCAGGAAUGUAACCCACCCAGCAAGUAUAUUUUGAUGGAUGCAAGAUGUGGGGAUCUUUUUUUAUUAUUAUUAUUAUUAUAAUUUUUUUGUAAUUAUUAUUUCUUAUUAUUUUUUAAACAUGUGAUUCAUGUUGUAUUGUUUUCUUUCAUGAGCCUUUGGGGCUUUUCAACCAUUUGUGCAAUAAUAACUUUAAGCAUGGGUUUGGAAUAAAAGGAAAGUCAGUGCAAAUCAGAAAACUAUUGUAAUGAAUGAAUCAUCAAAAGCAGAGACUAAUGUCUGUGUCUGCCUUGCUUGGUCAUGCACUGUGAAAUUUGAACAGGGCAAAGAUUUUAAAUUAUUUUUAUCUGUAUAUUUUAAACCCAUAGUUUAUUUGAAGAAAUAAGCCAUUUUAAGUUGUGUAUUGUAGUUGGGUGUGGUGUAUAGUACUAUUCUGAUGAAUUUACAUUAAUUAAUACGUACAGAUUUGAUGCAGGGUGAUGAUCGUAUUACAUGAUCUUAAAGGUAAUUUGAGAUUACACAAGAAAUGUUGUAUGGGUUAAUAUUUAAGCACUGAUUUUAUAGAUGAACCCACAUUUUGUGUGGUUAAAACGAAGUUAACUUUAGACGUAAUCACUUUAUCUUUCAUGUAAAGCUUUAUCUAGCACUAAUAUAAUGGUCAGUUUGAUUUAAUGGUUGUAUACUGCUGUGCUGGGAAAGAUUCUUUUAAAAAGAUUGCUUUUCCCUGCUAUUAACUGUAGAAAACCUUAAAGUUGUGUUCGUGGUUUUGUUAUAACUUAAUUUAACAUUAUUUAAAAGAAAU